AUGAAAAAUGUCCCCAAAUCGCCUGUGCGACUUGAGGAAUUGAAAACCGAGCUCCAACCAAUAGUUGAAGCCCAACCAAAAACUUACAAGAAACAGAUUGCGAUUCUUUUCUACUGGGAUGAUGACGAACAAUCCGCGAAGCAAGACAUUCAACUCAUGACUAAUUUCUUAUCCACGUUUGGUGUUAACACAAGCUACUUCAAAUUGUCAUCUCAUCCGCAGUCCCUGGUAGAAAAGAAGCUCAUUGAGUUCGUGGAGGAAAAGAUCUCGCGUCAAGAAGCAAGAUAUCCAACCCAAGACUUGCUGCUUAUCCUCAACUACGUUGGACACGCCUUCUGGGAUGAAAAGAUCAAGGAUUUGAGACUGGGACCCACCUAUCAAACAUACGUCAAGUGGGGCACGAUCCAUGAAGCCUUUUUUCGAAAAACCCAAGCCCCAGAGAACACCGAUGUCCUCGGAAUUCUCGACUGCUGUGAAGCUGGAUCCGUAGCGAGGCUUAAGAGCCCGCCCACAAGAGCCACCCAGGUAUUAGCUGCAUGUGGGGAGCACACUGACACGAAUUCACAAAACGGAUUCUCUUUUAGCAAGCGACUAUUUGCCACGGGUAAAAUCCUUUGGGACAAUGGAAUGAGAACCAUAACAACCGCAGAUAUUCUCCAGGAGAUUAACACACACCAGAUAUGGCGGAAACACUACCCACCUGCACAGCUGGUAACUUAUCUUGGCCGGAAUCCAAUUGCUUCCACUUUCAAGGACCCUAAAAACUCCCCAAGUGCUCCGAGGAGCCCGAACAGCUCUUCAACAUCAUCUUCCGGAACAUUUUCCGCUGAGGUCGAAGCAAGAUACACUGUGCGUGGCGAGUUGGAGAAUGUUCGCCAGAUUUUCAAUCGUUUUAACGGAAAUACGCCAGCUCGGUUGCAAGUGUCACCCAGUCAUUCAUGUGCUAAAGAUGGCUUGGUUUACCUCACUCUUAGGAUGACAUGGUACAAAUGGGCGAUAUGGUCAAUGGUGGUGGAUAUUGAAUUUGUUCGAGAAAUUACCACUCACUCUCCUUCGCCUGAGGGAAGUCAACGUCAGACUCCACCGUCUGGAGACAAACGUUCUUCGCGCGAUAUGGGCUCUAGUGGAAAGAGCCCCAGGGACAAGAAGCGGUAG